ACGUCUUUCUCAGUUCGGAGUUCAGACACAUUUAAACAAAAAAAUUCAUAAAAUGCUCGCGGGAGUGGCCACUGCACACUACACUGCCCAGUGGCCACCCGCCACUGCAUUCAUCCCACACUCCAAACAUUAAUUCUCAGGAAAAAAAACAAAACAAGCGGCGUGAUGGCGGCGAAACGGCUUAUUGUCGUCGUGGAGAGCACCGCCGCCAUGGGGCCCUAUUGGGAGACCAUUCUGAGGGAUUAUCUCGACAAGAUUAUCAGAUGUUUUGGUGAAAAUGACUCAACUGUGCAGAACUCUUGUUCCAAUGUGGAGUUUGCUCUAGUCUCCUAUAAUACACAUGGAUGUUAUUCUGGUUGUCUUGUGCAACGGACUGGCUGGACAAGAGAUCCAGAUGUUUUCUUCAUGUGGCUAUCAUCUAUACCCUUUAGUGGUGGCGGUUUUAAUGAUGCAGUGAUUGCUGAAGGGCUUGCUGAAGCUCUGGUGAUGUUCCCAAAUUCUCAAAGUGGAGACCCUAAUCAGCAGAAUGUAGACAUGCACCAGCAUUGCAUCCUUGUUGCAGCAAGUAAUCCUUAUCCGUUGCAGACACCAAUUUAUGUUCCGCAACUGCAGAACCUAGAGCAGAGUGAAACCAUUGACUCAUUCCCAGGGAACCGUUUAUAUGAUGCUGAAGCUGUAGCUAAAGCAUUUCCUCAGUUUUCUAUUUCUCUAUCAGUCAUCUGCCCGAAAGAACUUCCUAAAAUUAAAGGCAUCUACAAUGCAGGAAAUCGAAAUAGUAAAGCAGCUGAUCCACCAGUUUUGGCUAAAACCCCUCAUUUUCUUAUUUUAAUAUCAGAAGGUUUCAGGGAAGCACAGGGUGCAUUAAAGGUUGGUGAGAGUUGCAGCAAAAUGGCCCCCUGUAAUGCAAAUAGUUCAGCUUAUAUCUCAAGCCACAUGAAUAACAAAGAAUAUGUAGUUUUUCAGGCAAUGAACCCAUAUGGAUUUCGUGGUCACCUGGAGGAUAAGAAAAAGCUGCUGCUUCAAAGGUUGCUAUUCUGGAUAAAUAGAGAACUUGAGAUUGUGGCCUUGCUGCAAUUCUUAUUUGGCAAAUAGUCUUUCCAAGCACUUUUCCUUUUCUCUUUGUGGCUAUGCUUUCUCGUGGAUACCUGCGAAGAAGCUCCGGGUGAUAUCGACCAUUUGAGAUGCUAAAAUAAUCUGAAAGCAUUAUUUUGAGAGCAGGCAUCUGAAUUGACCCAAGAAUGUUCACGUGAAAGCCACACAACUAGAGAAAGAAAAACGUUAUGCAACUCAAGACGCUACUUGUCAGCUUGAUUGUGCCAUUUAACUUGACAUGGAGGUGCUCGAGUUUAGGCUGAACGACAUAAUAAUAUAAUCAUAUUAGUAGUUUAAUAUUGUUUUAAUCAUUUAUUUCAAUUAUUUUUUUUUAUUUUUAAUAAUUUAAUAUCUCAGUUAUUGGU